CGCACCCUGUGGCGUAGAGUAAGAGUAGCCCGCUGCCUUGCCACAUUCUGCGGCUUUUUCGGUCCAGUACGGUCGGGGGAAAGACCAGACCGAAAUCUCUCCUACGUUGGGAGUUCGCAGUGCUUCAACUAGGGUGACCAGGCGUCUGCUGCGAUGUUAACACAGAGCUGAAGCUACAGAUCUGCUGGCUCUGAUACAUGACAGCACACACCAGUCAUGGAGUUCAACAAAUUGAAGACAUUGUGGAUAUUGUGCUUGUGUCUCGUUGGAAAAAGUUGGACUGAAAGAUCUACAUCAGACAAUCAUAUUGUUGAAAAUGGCGUGUCGGAUUUUUGUCGCAUCGAUGAGAAGCUUUGCAACGCUGAGAAUGAAGUUCUCAGCUACGAGGCCAUCCGUAGUAUUCACAAGCAGAUGGAUGAUGACGCAAACGGCAAUGUAGACGUGUCCGAGACAGACGGCUUCCUGAGAGAAGAUCUUAACUACCAUGACCCCAAGGCCAAGCACAACACCUUCCAUGGUGACGACCAGUUCAUCAGUGUGGAGGACUUGUGGAAGGCCUGGAAGGGCUCUGAAGUGUAUAAUUGGACAUUGGAUGAGGUGGUGGAAUGGCUCAUCACUUAUGUGGAACUGCCACAAUAUGUCGAGGCCUUUCGCAAGAUGAAUUUUAAUGGAAGCGUCAUGCCAAGGCUGGCUGUUAAGAACACCUCCCUGACGCUCUCUAUUCUGAAGAUCCUGGAUCGCAGCCACGUGCAAAAGUUGCAGCUCAAAUCUUUGGACACCGUGCUGUUUGGAGCACCCCUGAUGAAUAGACAUAGCCACUUGAAGGACUUCAUGCUGGUUGUGUCAAUAGUCAUUGGCAUGGGUGGCUGCUGGUUUGCCUUCAUCCAGAAUCGCUACUCUAAGGAUCACAUGAAGAAGAUGAUGAAGGACCUGGACGGCCUGCAGAGAGCUGAGCAGAGCCUGCAUGAUCUGCAACAGAAGCUGCAGAUCGCCCAAGAGGAGCACCGUACGGUAGAAGUGGAGAAGGUGAACCUGGAGCAGAAGAUGAGGGAUGAGAUUGACUCAGCCAAGCAGGAGGCCCAACGUCUGAGGGAGCUGCGCGAGGGCACAGUGAACGAACUGAGUCGCCAAAAGUAUGCAGAGGAAGAGCUGGAUCAGGUGCGCAUGGCGUUGAGGAAAGCAGAGAAGGAGCUGGAGUCCCGGAGCAGCUGGUCCCCUCCAGAGUCUCUGCAGAAGUGGCUGCAGCUCACCCAUGAGGUGGAAGUGCAGUACUACAACAUCAAGAAGCAAAAUGCUGAACGGCAGCUCCUGGUGGCCAAAGAAGGGGCAGAGAAGAUAAAGAAGAAGAGAAACACUCUCUUUGGGACUUUCCACGUGGCUCACAGCUCCUCUCUGGAUGAUGUGGACCACAAAAUACUGUCUGCAAAACAAGCCCUGGGUGAGGUGACGGCUGCUCUGCGUGAGAGGCUUCACCGUUGGCAGCAGAUCGAGAUCCUCACCGGCUUCACCAUCGUCAACAACCCCGGCCUCCCUUCUCUGGCCUCGUCCCUCAACCUUGAUGGCAGCCACUCGAGCGGCAGAGCGACGCCUCAGCACUUCAUGAUGUCUGAGGACAUGGACGACAUGGACGAGGAUUUCGUGUCUGGAACUCUGCAAUCUCCCAGUAUGAUGUCUCUGCGCCAACGCCACAUUGACCCCCAGCUGGCCAUGGGCUCCCAGAGGUUGGUAGACAGUUGCCUGUUGGCUGGGCAUCAGGGAGAGGGUGCCCUGUAUGCGUCCAGGUCCAGGGUUGCCUUCUCAAACUCACGCAGCCAGCUCGACUCUCUCCCUCUGCCUCCUCUGUCCUCGGCUGUGUCUCACCCCUCCAUCAUCUGUGCUUCCAACUUCAAUCACCAUCCCCAGUCCUCUUUGUCCUCCUCUUCCUACUGCUUGCCCAGCUCUGUGUCCGGUGUUGCAGCGCAUCAUUCCUCCCAUAUAUAUCAUGGUUCUUCUUUCCAGCCCAUGGACCCCAUUCCUGAUUUCACGUUCUCCGAGGUCUCCAAUGCAGAGCGCAGCGACAGCUUCGGAGACCUAAAUCGCUCGGACUCUGACUCCUCCCUGUCUCUCUCCCAAGUUGGUGAUCGGCUAUCUGCCUACAGCUCCAAAGGCCACCUUAUCAAGCCCGUCUCUCUCAUCCACAGCAUAUCUGGUCGGGCAGAUGACACCGUGUCUCUGCAUGCGUACACCCCCAACGGAGGGAACCGCAUUCUUGAGGUCAGUCCUGUAGAGCUUGGCCAUGACAGCCCAAUACUCAUGAAGAAGAUGUACGGCUUGGAGCAGAGUCCCACCCUGGCAGAGAUCCAAAGUAUGUCUGAGUCGUCUCGCUCCCUCAGCCCCAACUCCACUGAACCUGACACUCCGUCACCUACUGGGGGUCAACCAGGGGCCGUGGGGGCAAAGGCCAACACUCGGAUCCCUCAGCUGUCCUCCAAGAAGAGCCCGCUGGAGGAGGACAGCGGCUCUACUGGAGAAGACACAGAUUCCACUGCCAGCCGCAAGAAACACACCUUCAAGAUCUUCAAGAAACAGAGGAAAUAAGGGCUACAUGAACUACAGGGCUAUCGACGCUGUGUGACUGUGUUCCUCUGGUCUGUUUUUGAGAAAAGUUGUAUGGGUUCUUUAAUGGUGAAAAGAUGGCACAAUUUGUUGCCGUUGCAUCUUUUGGUAGGUACGACACCUACUCUAAGAAACUGUGGGAGCAACCAGCUGUUCAGUUUUAUCUGCUUUUUGGUCAAUGUUCAAUAUGUGGGGAAUGGGUAAGUUUGUAUAUUGGAGUGUAAAGUAUUAUUUAUUCUGCGGGAAGUUGUGCCAGUCUCAAAGGCAAAUGUUUUGUCACCAGUUUUCUUUCUUGUUCCUAAAUAUUUAACAUUUUGCAUGUCUUCACUUUUGUUUGACUGGUAGGCUACUUGAAUGCUCUUAGUGUUUGCUUGGUUAUGUUGUUAACCUGCUUAGACAACACUUGAUGUUUCUUUUAUUACUACCUAACCACCUAGCCUACACGUUCAAAGCGAAUGGGCACCUCUUUGUUUCACUCAAUACUUUGUUUUUUAUCCAAGGUUACAAUUUUCCCUGUCUCUUUUGGCAGAGUAAAUGACACAAUCAAGAGAUCCUCAAACUGAAGAGUAGUCAAUGCAAUCUCAAGAGGGGUACAACCGUGACAUAAAGAUAAUUUUGGGAACAGCAAUUUCAGCUAUUGGUUGAUUUAGAAACAAUAUAGAUAUUAAUAAUUUGUAACAUUGGAUCUCAAGAUGUUUACAAUAAAGUACAUUUCCCUUUAACAAGUUACAAAGGACCAUCAAAUUCCAGCAUUAGAUAUUUUUGCUUUACUUUUAGUAUUUAGGUGUCGAGUGCAUGAGAGUGAGAGAAAUGCUUUGCUUUAAGUGUCUAGCUUUUAAAAUAUGCCAACAAGUUUAACCACUGAUUAAUAUUUGGAAUAUCACGUUUUCUCAAUGGAGUAGGUAGUGAUCAACGUUUGUAGUUUCUGCGUCGAUUACCAAGAACAUGAUGACCUAUGAGACUGCGUGUUAUUGUGCUUUUAUUGAUCUUUGUAUUGAAUUUAAAAGUUACAUCAGAGAAACAAGUACAUCAUAUACCGAGGCAACAUAUAUAUCAAAGAUUUUAACACAAAAUACUGAAGCACAUUUUUACUGAACUAUUUGAUAUAGAGUAAUCUUUUGUGUUUUAAGAUUUGGUUCAAGUUUACCGUUCCUUUUGGCUCCUGCUAUCCCCAGUCCUAUUGAUUUUGUUUAAAUAACUCUUUAGCUGAGAAUGAAAACUUCUCAGCAGUUUGUAAGAUGGGUGCUGGUAAGGGCUAUAGUUACCAGGCAAAUUAAUUUGCUCUGUUCGAUAUAAAUGUUCAAGUUCUAACUACUUUAUAAUUCACCUUUUUUUGAAGAUUUAGCUUGUCAUGUCAAAGUGCCAAAUCUAUCCAAACUGUCAGAAGCCUUUGUAUAUGUAGUGUGUCCGCCCCCUUUACAAAGAACACAUGCUUUAUAUGAACAGUCUGCAUUGCAAUGUAUCUCCUGAGCUUCAACGCUGAAUGUCCGAGGGUAAUGUUCCUGUUGCAGUAUCAUCAGUACAAUAUGUUUACAUUUGUUACAGAUAAUUACUACUCUCACAUUAUCGCAGCAAAACACAUUGUGCCCGUUUUAAUAUUGACAGCUUCAUAUGAGCACAGAACUAUGCAUCAGUAGUUGUAGGUGAUUGCUAAAGUAGUAAGGACGCCAGGGUGUUCCUGACCAAUGAACAACCAAAAAGUGCUGCAGACGACACAGUGGGCCUCGACGGCCUCAUAAUGUAACAGGUGGUCUAAAUGUAUACGACUUGUUUGAAUGCUUUAUUUUAGAAACCAGCAACAACAACAAAAUAGAUUUCCUACUGGUACUUUUUGUUAAAGUGUCAUUUGUACCUCUUUGCACGACAGAGCUGUUAAUGUUUUUGCCAUCUGAAUGUGUGCGUGUGUCCGUCUGCUCCGAGUAUAAUGUAAUGUUGAUGCAUGUCAAAUGCUGUAACAAACCUAUAUUGGGUCAAAAGAGUUACCCACCCUACUUCCUCUAUCUCUUCAUUUUCAGCUUCUAUUUAUGAAUUCACACAGUAUAUUUGUACAGAGAAAAUGACAAUUUUGCAUCUUCUGUGAUGGUCUAGACUUUUACGGCACUCCUGCAUGAUAGCAAUAAACUAUUUUGAAUGAAAAA